UUGAUCUGGACUUGUGUAAAGACAGAAAAAAAACCCGCAUGCAGAGCAGAUUCACAAACUUUUAGUCUCCUCAGUUUGCUUGUUGUUGGCUGCAUAUGGAACGAAUAUGACAACCAGGAGAAAGCUGGUAAAGAACUGAAAUGACAUAAACUUGGAUGUCUUAAGAAAGAAGGCUUGUGAGGUACAAGAGGAGAUCUUCAGCUGGACUGGAGUUUAACUAACGAAGAAAUAAACGACGGAGGAGGGUAAAACCAGCAGAUAUCCGUAGAGAACGAAAGAGAAGAUUCCUAAAAUAAAAAGAGGGAAGAGGAGGCAGCUGACCUUUUGACCCUACAAACCUGACCCCACAGCAUCAUCAUGGACAAAGAAAUUGCCCUCAAUCAUAAAAAGAGCAGUCCACAGCACCAAGACACAGAGCUCUUUACAUCUGAAGAGGACAGCAGUCUCUACUUCACCUACAGUGGUGGGUGCAAUGAGCUGGAGGUCAACAACCUGCACUAUGAGGUGGACACAGCAGCUCAGAUCCCCUGGUAUGAGAGGUUGUCAGAGUUCAAAUUGCCAUGGGAGGUAAAAGGAAACAAGCAGACGGCCAUCAACAAGCUCAGUCUGCGGGUUCACAGCGGACAGAUGCUGGCCGUCAUUGGCAGCUCAGGCUGUGGCAAGACGUCUCUACUGGAUAUAAUAACUUGUCGGGAUGAGGGCGGCACAAUGACGUCCGGUCAGAUUCUGAUUAACGGGAAGACGAACACACCACAGCUGGUGAAGAAAAGCAUUGCUCAUGUCCGCCAAGACGACCGUCUUCUUCCUCACCUCACUGUGCGUGAGACUCUGAGCUUUGUUGCCAAACUGAGGCUCCCCACUCACUUCACACAAGCUCAGAGGGACCAGAGGGUGGACGAUGUGAUCGCAGAGCUGCGGCUGCGGCAGUGUGCACACACCAGAGUAGGAAAUGACUAUGUGAGGGGCGUUUCUGGAGGAGAGAGAAGAAGAGUCAGCAUAGCUGUCCAGCUUCUCUGGAACCCUGGGAUUUUAAUCCUGGACGAGCCCACAUCAGGUUUGGACAGUUUCACCGCCCACAACCUGGUUAUCACACUGUCUCGUCUGGCCCGGGGAAACCGCCUGGUCCUGCUGUCAGUCCACCAGCCCCGAUCAGACAUCUUCCAGCUCUUCGAUCUUGUUGUGCUGCUGUCUUCAGGUUCAGCCGUUUACUGUGGGGCAGCUCGUGACAUGGUGCCUUACUUCACUGCCCUGGGGUACCCCUGCCCACGAUACUGCAACCCCUCUGACUUCUAUGUUGAUCUGAUCAGUAUAGACCGCCGCAGUCCAGAGCAAGAGGCUGAGUGUUUGGAGCGAGCCAGACUUUUGGCUGAUAAGUUUGCAGAAAAGGUCCAAGACACUGAUGACCACAUGUGGAAACCGUCUGAAAGCAACAUGACGCAAACUGACAGCAGCACUCAGCAGCCAAACAGGAAAGAAGCAGAGGAAGUAAUCACUGUUUCCAAGGAAAGAAACAGACUGCCUGGCAGACUUCACCAGUUCACCAUCCUCAUCAGACGCCACAUUUUUAAUGACUACAGAGACCUAGUCACUGUAUUGGUUCACGGCUUCGAGGCCCUCCUCAUGUCACUGCUGGUCGGUUUUCUGUACUACGGGGCCGGAGAACAGCGUCUGAACAUUCAGGACACAGUGGCCCUCCUCUACAUGAUCGGAGCUCUCACCCCAUUCGCUGUGGUGCUGGACGUCAUAGCUAAAUGUCACACAGAGAGAGCCAUGCUCUACCACGAGCUGGAGGAUGGCAUGUACUCCGUCACCUCAUACUUCUUUGCCAAGGUCCUGGGGGAGCUACCAGAACACUGUGUGUUCACUUUGGUGUAUGGUCUGCCCAUCUAUUGGCUGGCAGGGCUAAACGAGGCUCCAGACCGUUUUCUUCUCAACUUCUCAUUAGUGUGGCUGAUGGUUUACUGCAGCCGAUCCAUGGCUCUGUUUGUAGCUGCUGCACUCCCCACCCUGCAGACUUCUGCCUUCAUGGGCAACUCUUUGUUCACAGUCUUCUAUUUGACUGGAGGUUUUGUCAUCAGCAUGGAGAAUAUGUGGCUGGUGGCCUCGUGGCUCUCUUACGCCUCAUUCAUGCGUUGGGGUUUUGAGGGGAUGCUGCAGGUGCAGUUUAGAGGCAAUAAGUAUCCCGUCAGCAUUGGAAACAUCACAAUCAACGUUGAUGGCAUACAUGUUGUGGAGGCCAUGAAAUUAAAUCAGUACCCUCUGUUCUCGUGCUACCUGGUUUUGGUGGCGGUCUGUCUGGGCUUUAUGGUGCUUUAUUUCCUGUGUCUUAAAUUCAUCAAACAGAAGUCCAGUCAAGACUGGUGAAAACAAGACCAGCUCCAAGAAUCAGAUUUUUAAAAAAUGUCUGAAAUCACACACGUGAUCAGAGGAAGGUUGUGAAUUGCAAACUGUUGUGGAGAAGAGGAGAGAAGUCAUUUGUUGUUCGACUGGUUCGGCACCGAGCUUUACUCUGUUGAGUUCGCUGUUUUUUGACUAUGAAGAAAUGCUUAAUUCAGGGGAUGAAAGUAAAGUAUGUGUAUUGUCCUUUUCUUUUUAGCACACAUAUGUUAUAAUAAUUUAAGCAUUAGGAACUGCAACUUUGUUAAAUUGUAAAAACACAUUAAAUAAGAAUCUAACAAGAAUCUGGGAAGUGUAUGAUUAAACUGAAUUUUCCAAAGGAGAAAAAAUGGCUCUAUCGUUGUAUUGCAAGAUCAAGUGCAUUUUGCCAUACUGCUGUUCGCUGCUGGAUGGCAGCAGAGCGCUGCAAUAGCAUCUAGAUUAUUUUUCUUCUCCCCUCUCCUCCUCUGUCAUGUCAACUGAUUAGAGCACUACUUUGGCAGAUAUCCAUCUGCAGCUUUUGCUUGUUCCAUUUUCAAUCUCCUUUUUUUCCACCGCAUUAUCUUUUUUGUAUAUGCAAGAUUAUUAAGCUUACUGUAACAAUGUGUGUAAGUGUAGGGACUAAAAAGACAUGCCUGGCAGAGAUUUAGUAAGUCACACUCAGGAAGGGGCAAGAGAGACCUUGUAUUUCUUGUGUCCUCAUAUGAAAGGUUAUGUAAACUAUGUGGUUUUGGGCAGGUGCAAUGACCGGUUAGAUAUUAUACCAACAUAGUUUAAGUCCAAAUGACUAAAGAACUUAAAUAAAAAGUGUUUUUUUUUU